AUCAUAAAAAGAAAGAACAUAUAAUGAAAGACUGAAUUUGACAGGUUAAUAGGGCCUUACUCUGUUGAAGGAUCGUCCUUCAAGCCAGUUAUUUUAACCCUGUUAUUUGAUAGUUUUUUUGUAUUAAGUGUGUGUGCGUAUGUGUGCGUGUGUGUGUGUGUGUGUCUGUUUCAGGACAGCUGCUAGGAUGUUGCAGACAAGUGUUGUGUGCCCCCCGGUGGUCAGCUGCAGAGUUACUGCUAAACACACUCUCACAUAUUAAAACCAAGAUUUAAUCUCUACACUCCAGAUAAUUCUCGACAAAUGUCUCCUCUAUCACACCACCUUAAAAUAAAUCUGUCUAUGCUGCUAUUUAAGGUGGAUUGAAUAUUUACAAAAUAACAAGCUGUCCAGUUCCUAUGCUAAAAAAUGCAGAAUGGUCUAAAUUGACUCACAGAAGUAAAUUGACCACAAAAGUAAUGAGGGACAUCUAGAACACCGAGUUUUAAGGCCAUAUUGAGCUACUGGUUUAAGGAAGAAUGGUGUGUAUUUAGACUGACAGACAAAUGUAACCAAUGCAUCUGUUAAGGUGGACUGUAAAACCCACAGCUGCGGAAAUAAGAGGACAAGCAGGAGCUGGAUGUGUUGGCCUCUAUUUUUUGGAUAAUAUGGUGUAGAAUGUAGAAAAAUGAUCCUAGAGAAGAAGAAGCAGCACAACCCAAUCAAAUAAAACUCAGCACAGACAAUCAGAAGAUACUUAUCAUUAAUAAGUAAAAUAGAGCAGAUGGGAUGUUGGAUUAGGGGUUAAAUUCUUGUUGUUCAUCACAUAUCAGGGAUUUCUGCUCUUUAAGGAGAGAGAGUAACAGUUCAUACUCACACACACUCAUUCUUUCACUUACUUCCCUCCAACCCCCCCUCCUGUCUCUCUAUCUUUCUCUCUCUCCCCCUCCCUCCCUCUCUCCCACUCAACUCUCUCUCUCUCUCUCUCUCUCUCUCUUGCCCGCCCACUCCCUCAGGCAGUAUAAAGAGGGUGUCCCUCUCUCUGGAGGCUCAGACAGACCCUCAGCUCACAGUGCUGCUGACCUCUCUGCUAGCUUUCACUCAGGACAGUGUGUGUGUGAGUGUGUGUGUGUGUGUUGAGGACACACACGCCGAUUCAGUGCUCAUGGUGUCCUGCAGGUCCACUAAAGGGGCGUCCAAAGCCCGGCGAGACCACAUCAACGCAGAGAUCCGGAAGAUGCGGGAGCUGCUGCCCAUCCCGGCCGAGGAGCAGGAGCGCCUGUCCUACCUCCACACCAUGUCCAUCAUCUGCACCUUCAUCAGGAAGACCAUCCUCCUCUCAGGUGAUGGAGGGAGAGGUGAUGAAGCCCCCCUGCCGCUGUAUGAAGAUUGGCUGCAGGCUCUGCCGGGCUUCAUCAUGGCCGUGGAUAAAGAAGGGAAGCUUGUCUACGUGUCUGAAAACGUGUCCCAGUAUCUGGGCUUCUCCAUGGUGGACGUCCUGCAGAGCGACUCUCUGUAUGAGUUGAUGGAUGCAGAUGAUGUCGACUCUGUGAAGUACAGUUUGGAGGAAGAGAGCGGGGCUGCAGAGCGGAGCUUCGUGUGCAGGAUGAACACCUCUAAGGCCUUCAGGCUGCAGUAUGGGGGAAGCUGCCCCCUACUGGUGCAGGGUUGGUUCCAGGACCCUCAGCACUGCCUGUUUGUGGCACUGUGCUCGCCCACGGUGGACAGACUGACGGACAGCGAGCGGCUGAGCUUCAGAGCUCACUUUCAGAGCGUCCACAGAGCCGACAUGAGCUACACUCACACUGACCACAGUGUCGCCCUAUUUCUGGGUUACGAAGCGGAGGAGCUGAUUGGCCGAUCCUGGUACAGCAUGCUCCACCCAGAUGACCUUUCGCUGAGUGCCAGCGCUCACACACAUCUGAUACAGCAGAGCGGAGAUGCAGAGGUAGAGUUGGUGUUUAGGGUUCAGACUAAAGGUCAUUCGUGGGUCUGGCUUUACACCUGCGCCUCGAAAUCCCUGCAGAAACAGGAGAUCACCUGCACAAACUACAUCAUCAGCAAACCAGAGGCGGAGUACAUCAGGCAGAAGCUGUGCAGCCGAUCAUCCUCUCCGCUGCCUCUGUCUACCCCCAUUUCCCAGAUGCCCUGGGGUCCCGGCCCCUACACCUCACCAAAACGGCAAGCGGAGAACAGUGAACAGAGGGCGGCGCCGAGGAAGAAGACCAGACGGCUUUCGGAGAGCCCAGUGUCAUCUUACUGUGUGACGACCAGUACCAGUACUAAUGGCCACAGCAGAGACGUGUCUGCGGACCAGGCCUUGUUUUCCACCCCGCCCUACAGCCCCGCCUCCUCCCUGUCGGACGACUGCAGCUUGGACGCAUCACAGGACAUGAUGUACAGUCUCACCAAGACCACAGCGUCUCCUUCAUCCUCCUAUUCUCCUUCCACCUCCUCCUCUUCUACGCUUUCCUUUCAACUGCAGCCAUUUCUGCAAAGCUCUUUCAGGGUGGAGCCUUGCCCUCUUACUCCACCCCCUUACUCUUACCCAGAUGCCCAAGCUCCAGCUAGUUUGUCCCCAAACUACCAGCCUGUGGAGGACUGUGGAGGCUCUACGGACAGCGUUCUCCACUUUGAGGACUUUGGCCUCCUCUCAGAGCUAAAUUCAAGUGAGGGUGAGGUUUUCCAAACCCCUGAGGAUUCCGGGUCCAUCUCCCCGGCUGAGCUUUUAACCAUCGACCCCUCGCCAAUCUCCAACAGCUCCACCCUGUCCCCUCAGGAACAGGCUGAGAUCAGCGUCCUGGCCCACCAGAUUUCCACACUGGCCAGCAGCUUCGACCUGUACCGUACAAAAAGCAGCGCCCCCUGCUGGCCCUCUACCAGCACCCAGACCGCUGAGCCGCUUCUGGAUGAAGACGUCAUCGACUGCAUCCUGAAGGACUGGGAUGGGCCAACGCUGAGGAAAGAAUCUGGCAGCGGGUGGGGGCAACUUCCCAGGACCACCAUGGAGCAGGGAUCUGCGAUGCAGGGAUCCGCAGUGCAGGGCCUCUCUCUGGAUGCUCUGGUGGACUUCAUCCCCUCAGAACUUCCCGCAGAAGACCCCCAUCCCUGGCCCUGUGUUUUUAGGCAGGACUGCCAUGAAGACGAUAUUGAGUUGCAUCAACUCGGCCUUUACCUACCAAGCAACUUCCAGCAAGAUGGGUUUGCUGAUGAAUCCAUGUACUGAAUGAAGUCCCAGACUUCCAGUACUCCCCCAGUAUGGCAUAUUGUCAUGGCAGCUAUCGAGGCUUCGUCCCUGGAUUCACGUUCACAAGACUCUGAAGGACUUUUUUUUUUCUCUGCAGUGUUAAACGGAACAGGGUUGUUUUCAUACUGUUCACACAGUCACAAUCUAAACCCUUUUAUUGGUUUAAUGUCUCGAGUUUUCUGCACUGCCCCCUGGUGGACGGGGCUCCCUGUGCUCCUGUUCACUGUGUGUUGAUUACGGUACGCUGAUCUGUCAGUGCAUUCACUACAGCUGUGUUUUAAACAUAAGCACUUUGGUACGCCUGUGAACACUAAUGAAGUCUCUGUGGAGCAGAAGCUACAUUACUACAUGCAGCUGAUGCAGGAGGUUCAGCUGAAACUGCACCAGCAUGCUCGCUUUAAUGGCAAGAGAGCUGAUCGAUCGGAUCAGGAAUUUUAAAGUAAUUAUAAAACUGGUAUCACUGAAAUCAUCCCAAAGACUGCUUUGUCAUAUUUAUGUUUUUUUUUUGCUUACUGUAAUUAAAUAACCUGUUUACACUGAUUUCUCCUUUUGUAAAUAUUACAAUGUGAGUUGAGUUGAGUUCUAACACUGAAGAA